AUGGUCCUGCUCAUUGAGGAGAGCCAAAAACGACGCGCAGUGCUCAAGAGACAGUAUGCUUCCAUAGAGAAUGAGCACCGGGAUGUUGACGACCCCAUCUAUCUCGUCACUCCGUCUGGGACUACCCUCAUUACCCUCAUUACCGAUCCGGAACGGCGCCCUGAACGACUCGUGCUCUUAGAUAGCAAUUUGCAGCCCGUACCCGACAAACGUGGUCCGGACGAUCAUCUUCACAAGCGGUCGAAAUUGUCGCCCAACACUCUACCGAACGACGCGCAGGGGCAAGACAAGUCGGAGAAGGGUCGCAAAUCUGAGUCAACUGAGACGUCAAGCACGGCUGUUGAGUCUCCUGGACAACGAGAUGACCUUGAGAAUGGCAACCCGAUCUUCAAGCGUCCGCUGUCAGGCAGCGGCGAGAAGAACGUCAUCGAGCCAGCCAGUCUGGCCACCCUCAUCAGCGACUCUAAUUACCAUACUCAGGUCUUUUUGAGCUUGACCGAAACCAUGCUUAAACCCAUGCUUCAGAUAAACAAUUCAGGUUCCGGAUACAGAGGAGCCGUUACGCUUAUACUGAGCAGCUUCGAAGGAAAUGGUCGUAUCCCCCGAGAGCAGCCACCUCCUCUCAUGCUCUGCGGACCGUUCUUUCGAACGGAGGAUAUCAACAUUGAUGCUUCCCUUAGCAAUCUGUCUGCACUCUCCGGCGCAACGACAGAAUUCCGAGGUAACGGUCGGUACGCCGCCGCCUUUGGACUGAACAUUGAAGGCGUCUCUCUGGAUCUCAUCUACAAAGUUGACGCUCGGGAUCAGUAUAACAUCUGGGGAGGGUAUUUAUUGGAAAGACAUAGUUUUGCUUCUUGGACUCAUAGCACGGCAAUGAGGGAGAUUGAGCUCUAUUCGACACGCAUGAAGGAUCUACAAGGCACUGUGGUUGCGACGUGCUAUGGACUGUGGCUUGAUCAUGGGGGACAGCAUCCAGUUGCGAUUUUCGAAAAUGCGGGAAUGAGUACACUCGAAGAGAGGUUAACACUAAAAGACCAGGCUGCUAUACGACUGUUGUAUGUCAAGCUCCAUCGAAGAGGAGUCAUUCACAAGAGUCCAAAACGCAAACAUUGGUACCGCACCAAGGAUGGCACGUUCCGAUUGAUCGACUUCAGUAACGCCACUUUCUGGGGCGACCGGUACUUGCCCUAUAGAGUGUACUGGCGCAAAUGGAUUGAUGAAGAGAUCGAUUACAUACUCGAGACAUGGUGCGAGCGGCCCUACAGAGGCAUGUUUGACUUUCCCAUGCCGACGUGCAGCGAUCAAGGGGUGGGUGAAGAAAACCUGGAUAGGCCCAACGAUCCAGAGAGUGUGGAACUGUGGCGAUACAGGCGCAAAACAGUGUCAUGGAAAAUCGAAAGGAAAAUGAUCAGAAAAUGGAUCGCAAAGGUGAACAAGAGAGCCAAGCAGUGGGGCGAUCCCAAUAAAGCGUUCGGACGGCCCAAGGAGCCUGGAAAGGAUCAAGAAGAGGUGACAACUUUAUGCAACGCUACUCAGCCGGUGGAAGAGACCCUCAUCACCCCCACGAUAUCCAACAUUGGCGGUGAAGACGUCGAGAAGUCGGAGACGAAGCAAGCGAAAUUGGUUGUGAACAAGUCUCGCUUCCUGCAGUCGGAAAAUGUGGAAUCUCCUGCUGUACAUCAUGAUGGCGGAUGA